AUGGCGUUCUCAAGAUUAGGCGCACGUCACAUUCAGAACAUGAGCGCUGCAACAGCAUUGGAACCACAUUGGGGUUACUACGAUCGCGCUCUGCCAUGUACCAACGAUCCAGGAUCGUGCGAAUACCUCGACGUUGUCUACGAAUCUCACGACCUAGGGAUGUUAUAUUCAGGCAUCAUGUGGUGCAUCAUUGGCGCAAUCCUGCUUCUCUGGGUUGUCCUGAAUCAAUCCAAUGCGCCGACGAUAUCACCGAGGCUAGCAGCACCAAAGCUCGCCGGGCUGUACAAGGUCCGCCGUUCGAUGGCAGCUUUUGCCCGAAGGUAUCUCCUACCCGAUGUGGCUCGGGUGAUCUUCGGCCGCACAACGCGGUUCCAAGUCCUCACUCUCGCCCUGCUGUCUGGCUAUCUCCUCAUUUUCAGCUUUGUUGGGAUCGUCUACAACACAUGGGUCACCCCAGUGUCGAAAAUGCCUGGGGUAUAUAACACCCGCAACAGCAUUGGUCCCUGGGCUGACCGUGUCGGCACCCUCGCCUACGCCCUCACCCCGCUCUCUGUGCUGCUGAGCAGCCGAGAGUCCUUCCUCUCUAUUAUCACUGGCCUGCCAUACCAGAGCUUCAAUUUUCUUCACCGCUGGCUGGGCUACAUUAUAUUCGUACAAAGCUCACUCCACACCAUCGGAUGGUGUGUGGUAGAGCUGAGACUGUACCAGCCGCAACCCACCGUCGGAAUCGAGUGGAUCACCGAGACAUACAUGAUCUGGGGUGUCGUCGCCAUGAUUCUGUUGUUUCUACUAUUUGUGCUGAGUACACCGUGGGGCAUCAGACUAACCGGCUACGAGACCUUCCGAAAACUGCACUACAUCCUCGCCAUGGUCUACAUCGGCGCCUGCUGGGCCCACUGGAAGCAACUCAAGUGCUUUAUGUGGCCCUCGCUGAUCUUCUGGUUCCUCGAUCGUGGUGCUCGCCUAGUACGCACUGCCCUGUUACAUUAUCACCCCGAUCACUCCAACGCCAUCGGGUUCAGCUUCAAAUCCUCUGAGGCCACCAUCACCCGCUUCCCAGACUCAGAACACGGCGACGUCAUCCGCCUCGAUCUCCACAAUACCCAGGACGCCUGGACCAUCGGCCAACACUACUACCUGACUUUUGCCAAGUGCAGCAUCUGGCAAUCCCACCCCUUCACACCCCUCAAUGUCCCCUGCGUCUCAAAGGGCACAGUACAACAUUCCUAUAUCCUCCGCGCGAAAAGCGGCGAAACAAAGAAAAUCGCCGACUUAGCCGCCACCGGCAUCUCCACCACGCCCGUCAUCCUAACCGGCGCAUACGGCGAGCCCAUAACCAGACAACUAACCCCAAGCACAAACAUCCUCUGCAUCGCCGGCGGGACCGGCAUCACCUACGUCCUCCCCGUCCUCCUCGAACUCGCCCGCCAAACACCCUCCCCAGACCGCAAACUCGAGCUCAUCUGGGCAGUCCGCCACACGGUGAACAUGGAGUGGGUGGCAGCGGAGCUAGAUCCCCUACAGAAAGCGCGGAAGACAUUAAAUCUCGGAAUCCGAAUCUUUGCCACUCGCGAUGCAAGAAGCAAAACUCCCUCGAUUGAGAGCUCAGAGGCAGAGAACUGUAAUCUCGAGAUUCCCAAGAUUGACGAGAAGGCCCUGCAGGUCGCACCUUCCUCUGGGUCCGAUACUGCGUGCUGUGGCUGUGACAAACCUGCUGCUGUUGAGCGGCUUGGUGGUGGUGAAAACGAUAUCAAUCGGCAUCCUGAUCUGCCGACGCUGGUUGGUGAUUUCUUGGCUGAGACAGUGCGCGGACCGACGAGUGUGUUUGCCAGUGGGCCUGGUGGGAUGGUUAGUGAUCUGAGGGAUAUUGUUGCGUCUUGCAAUUCUGGUGGGAAGGUUUGGAGGGGGGAGGAGAGGUUCGAUGUCGAUCUUAUUUGCGAUGAUCGAUUGGAGUGGUGA